UCCUUCCUAAAGAAAGCGGACACCCCCAAAAGAGAAGCUCUGUAGGCAACAUGCACCAUUUAGUUUGCGCGUAAUGAACAGGUAGAGCUGUGUUGUGGUUUGUGAGUGUUUGUGAGGCGUCUGACAGUGUUUGCGUGAGAUCUCAAUGGACACGAUGAUCCCGAGCCAGCACGAGUGUUGAGCCCGACGAAAUUAACCGGGAACAGGCGGAUUUGAAACUUUUUUCUCUUUCCUCCUGUACGAUCGGACCAUCCCAGGCUCUCUCUCUCUCUACGAUUUGGAAUCAGAUCUUUUCAAAAUCACACGCGCAAUUAACUUUGGUGUCAUUUUACGCGCUAUCCGGAGGGACUUUGUAUAAUAGCCGGGGGAUCUCGCCGGGAUGUUUUUACGCGACUUUGAACGUUCCUCUUCGGUUCCAUCCGUGAUGUUGGGAUUUCUGCUGGAUCUUUAGCUAUGAGCUCUGGAAAUGGGUCUGUGUCUGGGCUCAGAGGUGACCGAGGAGGGAAAGAAGGCGAAGAUCCACAGCUCGCAGAUAGACCGAGAUCUGUACGAGUAUGCCAAGAGAGAGAUGAACCUGGUGAAGAUCCUCAUGCUGGGUGCUGCUGAAAGUGGGAAAAGUACGCUGGUCAAACAGAUGAAGAUUAUCCACAGUCAUGGAUUCACCAAACAAGAGCUAGCCAGUUUUAAGCCUGCGGUGUUGGAUAACCUCUUGACCUCUAUGAAGUUUGUCCUCCAUGGAAUGGGCGUCCUUCGCAUCAACCUCGCUAACAGCAAGAACAAGGUCCACGCUCACUCUGUUCUCUCGUGUGGCCGUUGCUUCGACGAAGAGCAGAUGCUGUUCCCGUUCAUAGGCCACGCCCUCUGCUGUUUGUGGGCGGAUCAGGGGGUGCGGUCAGCAGCGGCGCGAGGAUACGAGUACGAACUCAAUGACUCGGCACUAUACUUUUUUGAGAACAUGGGCCGGAUCAUCGCCCCCGAUUACAUGCCGACAGAAACGGACGUUUUAAGAGUCCGACUGAGAACCACAGGAGUGAUUGAGACACAGUUCAAAGUCAAGCACCUGGUCUUCAGAAUGUAUGACGUUGGAGGCCAGAGGACAGAGAGGAGGAAGUGGAUCAGCUGUUUUGAGGAUGUGAGGGCCGUGCUGUUCGUCGUGUCUCUGAGUGGAUACGACAUGACGCUAGUAGAAGAUCCAUCAAUGAAUCGACUUCAGGAGAGUCUCAAGCUGUUCUCGUCAAUCUGCAAUAACGUCUUCUUCAGAAGUACUUCUAUGAUAUUAUUCAUGAACAAGAUUGAUCUUUUCCAAGAGAAGAUUCUCCACUCCGGGCGUCAUCUGCGGCAUUACCUUCCCCAGUUCAGAGGAGCUGACUGUGACGUGGACGCUGCCGCCCGGUUCAUCGCCUCAAUGUUUGUCUCUCUCAACAUGACGCCUAGCAAACUCAUCUACCACCACUUCACCACAGCCACCGACACCUCCAACGUACAGGUGGUUUUCCAGGUCGUUAUGGACACUAUCAUCAAGGAGAACCUGGAGGCCGUGUCUCUGCUCUGAGAACCAUUCCUCCUUUAAAAACUCAAUAAAGACUCACGGAUGAGCCCUUCACAGUG